AUGACAAACGCCAUGGGACGAACCAAAUUAAAGAAAGACCCGGGAGUUCCCCGUCUACCUGACCUCAAAGCCAAAAAUGCAGCUAAACAGCUUCUCAAUGGUCCAAAGCCACCGCCGCAACGACCAGACGAUGACUCAAUAAUGGCCUCGGAACCGACAUUAUCAUCACUAGCACGUCUUGCAUCGGAAACAGCAGACAGUAUACAAGAUCCGUCGUCAUCGACAAGCGGUGGAAAGACAAAGGAACAGAUGCACAAGCAUUACGUCCGUACAUUGCACAAGGUCAUCGACGAGAGCGACAUAGUCAUUCUCGUGUUGGACGCACGCGACCCAGAGGGAUGCAGGAGCCGAUUAGUGGAGGAGGAAGUACGGAGGCGCGAGAGCGAGGGUAAGAAGUUGGUCUUUGUUCUCAACAAAGUGGAUCUUAUUCCGAAAGAUAAUGCCCAACUUUGGCUUAAACAUCUACGGCAUUCUACACCCACGCUUCCUUUUCUGUCUCCCAGCUCGGCUCAGCAUCAACGGACGAAUAUAUCUUCUGGGACCGCACCUGCAUUAAUAAGACUCCUGAAGGCCUACAAGCCAAAAGCGAGCAGUGUUACCAUCGGUGUUGUGGGCUACCCUAAUGUCGGGAAGAGUAGUUUGAUCAACAGCUUAAAACGAAGCAAGGCAUGCGCCGUGGCCGCUCAACCGGGUCAUACAAAGGAGCUCCAGUCAGUGCAGCUAGAGCGUGGCAUGCGCAUUGUUGACUCUCCCGGGGUUGUGUUUGACGAAGAUGAUCUGAUAGACAAAGGGCAGAAGAAAGGAAGCGUACUCCUUAGGAAUGUUGUCAAAGUGGAGGAUGUCGACGAUCCUGUCGCCGUUGUGGAAGAAAUCCUUUCGAGAACUCCAAAGGAAACUAUACAGAGGAUAUACGAUCUACCGGAAUUUUCUCAGACUCUGGAAUUUUUAACCAUGCUAGCGCUCAAGAGCGGAAGGCUAUUCAAGGGCGGUACACCAGAUCUUCUCGCUGCAGCUCGUCAAGUUUUAACCGACUGGAACCAUCAAAAGAUCCCGUACUUUACCAUUCCUCCCACAAUCCACCCCUCUUCAAUACCAUCCACCAUUAAUGCAACAACUAUCGCACCCGGCGCCGAAAACGUUGGACAGGCACAGAUUGUGAAUGCAUUCUCCAAACCCUUUGAGCUCGAAGGUCUGUUCGGCGCGGCCGACGCGGGUGCUUUUGGGGGUGAUGUGAAUAUGGACCAAGACGAUGACGCAGAAGAGAUGUUCUGGGAUGCUAACGAGUCAUUCGAUAUGCAGACAGACGAAACGCCAGAAAGCCGGAGGCAAUCACUCAAGCGACCGCGAUCCCCGUCUCCUCAGCCCCCAACGCCUAACGCAAUGCUUACGGACUCGGAGCGUGAUAAGAACAUACGCCAGCCGAAGCGGCAGCGCAAAUCCAAGUUGGUUCCGUCGUAUGACGACCCCCCGGAUCAGCAUGUGUUGCAGAGGAUGGGGAAGAGCAAUCCCCUGAACAGGAAGGUUCUCAAACGGGAAAGGAAGAGGGAGCGUAAGCUACAACGAAUGAAAGACAGAGCAACUGCCGCUGAACGGGGAGGGGGCAUGGAGAUAGACGGUGAGGACCUCCAGUUUACGUUCAUGGCGUGA